AGAUAGCGGCCAUCCCAUGGCCUCAUUGUCCUAUUGUGGCUGCAGGAUAUAUAGUACGGCGCAAAUACUGCUUUGCUGGUGAAUGGGCUCAAGCCUGAGUCAACAUCAAUGUCUUCCUCAACGCAGGACCUCAUCCCACAACCUCAACUCGGGAACACAUUUGGGGCACUUUUUAUCGGGGUCAUCAUUGCAACAAUGCUCUUUGGUCUAACCAAUGUUCAAGCUUUCUUCUACUUUCAGACGAACAAGGGCACAGGGAUCACAUUCAAUAAGCUGGCCGUCCUCUGGCUUUGGAUACUUGAUGCUCUGCACAUGUUCUUAAUAGUCCAUUGCAUCUACUAUUAUUUGGUGACGAACUACGCGAACAUCAGUGCACUCACAAACAUUGUAUGGAGCUUCAAACUUCAGAUCAUCAUCGAUGUUUUAAUCGUCUAUGGGGUACAUCUGUAAGUUUGUAUGUCUAUCGCAUGUGGUUAUCGCCGAGGGCCGAUCAAAAGUCCUCCCUAUAACAGUGGGCACAAUCGUAAUACUAG